GGGAGGAACCGCGGACGCUUUCGUCAGAUAUGCUUCUAAAAUUCGCCGGAGAUCCGCCGUCGGAGGAGCGCGGGGGGGGACACAAAAAGUGAAACCGAAACGACAGGCUACGAGACACGUACAGACCGCCAUCUGGUUGAGCGGGAACGCGCAGAAAGCGUGCGAAUUGCUUCCUCUCAAAAUAUUUGGGUGCCAAACAUCCAUUAUGUGAGUUAUUUGUCAUAUGUUUUUGUUGUUACAAAGACCUUUAUGGACAUAAGCACCAUCAGCACAUUUGGGUACGAAACUAUUCCCUGACCAAAACGACCAACCAAAAACCAGCCACCGGUCGAGGCGGGAAACCAGCCGUGAAUGGCGUCCACAUGUUGUCGUUGGCAUCUUGAAGGUGAUAUUUUUAGCGAGGAUGAGCGAAAAAGGGUCAUUCCCAUUUCGAAUUAUUAAGUUUCCUGAAGAAGGCAGUGCCAUCGCACUUGUACAUGCCAGUUGGAAACGUGACGGGAAAUGCGCAUGGCCAAAUGAGAAAAACCCGAGGCGCCUCGAGCAGAUGGUCUUGAGAGGUGCGGAACCCCAGCCUGACUGGCAGCUGCAUGACUGCAUUGAAGUUGCGAAAUUUGAAACCUAUAAGGAAGCACGAAUAAAGCUGCGGUGUGCUGAAGAUACAUCCGAUAUCUGCAGUGACCGCGAGUACGGCCGAGGAAAAAGGAAGAAGAAGCGCAAAGUAUGGUCUGAUGAAUCCCACGAGGUCAGCAGUUUCUCAGAUGACGACGAUGGCAAUUACCAGACAUCCGUUCUCCCGCGACCACCGACACCGCCUGAGACAGCAUUUCUUGGUUUAUACCCCAUGUCAACACCAACAGCUGAACCGGUUCUUCAAAGCUACGUACAGGUCGCUAAUUGUGGCAGAGGCUCCUAUGAGCAGUUGCAAGCCUGUCCAUCGCUUGUUGGCGGUUCCGCACGUCCCAGGCCCUCAUCUCAGCCACAGCCUUCACGUCUGCCUGCCUCCUCGCAACACCAGGUACGCAGUGGACAACCACCAAGCUCUACCUCGCACGCACAUGAAACAUCGCAUCACGGACUCUCAACAUCCCAGCAAUGGCCGUCUACCAGUUUGCCGGCACGUUGCGGCUCAACAUCAGGUCCGUCCACACAGCAGCAUGAAUUCUCGUCAUCGCAACCAUGGUUGCCGCGCCCACCUUCAUUGCAGCAUCAGGGCUCUAUACUGACCUUGCCCUCAGAAGGACCUGAAGCACUGCAACAUGAACCUUCGUCAGCUGAGCCAUGGCAUCUGCACACUGGCGGUACAACCCAGCAUCAAGGUAAUGGCUUCCAUGGUGGGUGCGAAAGACAGCCACUAAGUGCCACAGCUGGCCCACCAUUGCACUGUUGUGAAACGCCACCGCAGACAUUGUUGCAAGCUCAGUCAUGGGACCCUUCUCCUCGUGGGGCUUCUGAGGACCAAGGUGUCAGGGGCCAAAACACGAAGCACCCACGAGCAGCAGAUCGCACAUCAAGCCACGCGUACCAGAACUUAAGCUCAGGAUACUGUCAGGAAACACUAACACUUCUGCACACCAUAAGGCUAGUGCAGCAAAAGCAAAGUGAGCAGUUGCUGGUCAUUAUCAGCAAGCUGAACAGCAGCACCACUGUUGAUCAACUGUCGACUGCAAGCUGCUUCGAUGAGCAGAUUAAAACUACAGAGGAGCUCAUGGCCUUCGAAGAGGAGCUAAAGAACAACCCUGAGAAAAGAAACCAACUUAAGCUCUUUAUGAAAUUCAUAGGAGGCUCUGAUGUAGGAGAGAAAACAAGCAGGAUCUUGUUAAAAUUGCUGUCGAUCAACGUGGGCAAGGAUUUCAGCCUCCAUGGUACGAAAGGGAAACGAAAAUUCACUGACCUCCAGAUAUGGAAGCUGAUGUGCGGUUGCUUGGUGCCAGUGAACCAACAGCAAGCUGAAAAGGAAGGUACUAUGAAAAACGUAGAAAAAGCUGCACAGUCAUGGUUGCGUCAUGCCCCUGAUACCUACAAAAAGCAACAAGCCAAAGCAAGUGGAGAAAGUGCCAGUCAGCAGUAAACAUGUUGCGGGCACCACAUUCAGCAUACAGACAUUGAGCCAGUCUCAUCCGUGCCUUCCAUGACGUUAACAUAUACUCACGCUGAGUGUAUGUUUGUGUGUGUUUGAACUGUAUUCUUACCUGUUGACCUAUUUUACAUUGUUGUUUGUGAGGUGUAUAGCUGACAACAUUGUGUGUAACUGCGAACUUCCUCUGCAGCACAGAAAUGCAACUGAUCUACCUAACACAAAAUGCGGUGCUUGUGGGUACAUGGGAGCUCCUACACCAAACAAAAAUUACCGUACUUUCUAAAUAUUGUAAUGUCUUGUUAGUGUCAUGUUUCUUUUUUAUGCUCACUCUUACUAGUCACAUUUGCACUUUCAUGCCACCAUAUGUGCCUUGAACUCGUUUAUUUUAUGCAGAUGCAUCACAAGACAACGGCUUUUUAUAUUGAUACAACUUGGGGAUGCAGUUUAGGUGCCCUGUGCGCCCAGUUGUGUUUUCUUACCUAGUCAGUUCUUUCGGUUCUUCAUGUUAGAGGAAUAUGUACUAGAAUGCCGUCCUCUGUACUUCAUUUACUAUUCAUACAACAUUGAAUAAGUAUGUCUUUGAGCAACAAUAAAUGCUCAAUUUAUAUUGGUUAAAUACCACAUACUGUGAUACCAAUGUAAGUGACACAAACGCAUGCACUGUUAGGCUUUUUGUCCAGCUUAUGCAACGAAUGAGAGGUUUUUAUUACAGCUAGUUGAAUUCAGUUUUCUGAGUUCAGAAGUCCUGCCAAGUGAAUUCUACGUUUUAUUCACCAGUAUUGCAAUGCCACUACACAUUUGUCGAAAGUACUUAACGUU